UAAACACAGUCCAGGUCCAGGAAGUGUUCAGACUCACAUGUGAGUCUCUCAGUCCGCAGACAUGAAGCUCGUCCUGCUGCUGCUCUCGGUCCUCUCUCACCGGAGCGACGGAGUCCACAUCACACAGAGACACCGGGACUCUAACGGGACCUGGACCGGGUCCGGGUCUCUGGACGCGGACGUGGCCGUGGAUGUGGAUUUAUCGGCGGUGAUCCGCCGGGUGGACCCGCGUUUUCUGUCCAUCACCAUCGACGCCAGCCUGGCCGCAGAGGAGAAGUUCCUGUACCUGCUGGGCUCUCCAAAGAUCAGGACACUGGCCAGAGCUCUGACUCCUGCUUUCCUGAGGUUCGGAGGAACCAGACAGGACUUCAUGGUGUUCACCCCCCAGAGGGAUCAUCGGCCGGACUCAGGUGUCUCUGCAGGUGCGUCCUGUGAGAAACUGGAGCUGCCGUCGUGGCUGGAGCAGAGGCUGAAGAAGGAGUGGACUCAGCAGCAGGUGGUCCUGCUGAGGGAGGACCGGCAGAGGAAGUACAGGAGAGUCAAGUUCACAGAGGACGCCGUCGACCUGCUGCACUCCUUCACCAACUGCUCCGGGAUGGAUCUGAUCUUCGGGCUCAACGCUCUGCUCAGAACAGCUGACAACGCCUGGAACAGCAGCAACGCCCGCUCCCUGCUGCAGUACUGCGAGUCCAGACGCUACAGGAUGUCCUGGGAGCUGGGAAACGAACCAAACAGCUACGAGAAGAAGGCUGGGAUCCGGGUGGAUGGGAAUCAGCUCGGACAGGAUUUCACCCACCUCCGAGAAAUUCUGUCAGAAUCCAAAUUUUACCACAACGCCGGACUGUACGGGCCGGACGUGGGCCAGCCACGAGACCACAGGAUCGACAUCCUGGAGGGGUUCCUGCAGAGCGGAGCUGAGGCCAUCGACGCCUGCACCUGGCACCAUUACUAUGUGAACGGCAGAGACACGUCCUUGGAGGAUUUUCUAGAUCCGGAGGUUCUGGACACCCUGACCUUAAAGACCAAUGAAGUCCUGGAGAAGGUAAAGCUGGUGUCUCCGGGGAAGCCGGUGUGGCUCGGGGAGACGAGCUCGGCCUACGGAGGAGGAGCUGUGGGACUGUCUGACACCUUCGUAGCAGGAUUCAUGUGGCUGGAUAAACUGGGUCUGGGAGCCAGACUGGGCCUGGAUGUUGUGAUGAGGCAGGUGUUCGUUGGUUCUGGGAGUUAUCACCUGGUCGACGACAACCUGGACCCUCUACCUGAUUACUGGUUGUCUGUUCUCUACAAGAGACUCGUUGGACCAGAGGUUUUGAAAAUGGAAGCGCUGUCUAACCUUGGCCGCAGUAAAAGAGUGAGGCUGUACCUGCACUGCUCCAACACAAACAGCUACAGACCAGGAGCCGUCACUCUCAUCUCUAUGAACCUGAGUAAGAAAGCAGCCAGGAUCUCGGCUCCGGCUCUCGUCUCCUCCAGCACAGUGGACGCCUUUGUCCUGGAGUCGGAGCAGCCGGGGGAGGACGGGCUCUACUCCAGGUCUGUGAAGCUGAACGGAGAGCUGCUGAAGAUGGUGGAUGAUAAAACUCUUCCUGAGCUCAGAGGAAGUCGUCUGCCUCCGGCCGAGCACCUGCAGCUUCCUGCCUACUCUCUGGCCUUCUUCGUCUUCACAGACGCUCGGGCCGCCGCCUGUCGUCAGCACGGAGCCGUCAGAUGAUCCCGAACGCCGACGCUCGUCACGUUUAAGACACUGAGAGCUGCUCCACACUGGACUACAGAGACUUGACCUGAGGAGAGGAUGGCACUGUGACUUUUCCUGCAGGACGUCCUGUAAUGGAGGCUGGGACUUCCUGUUUAUAGACUGAAUGUUUCCUGUGCAGUUUCUAAUAAAGAUUUUCUAAUUCUGUUUCACACAGGUGGUGACCACUGUCAGUCUGAAUCUGAAACCACUCAGUCAGACUGUCUGUUUAUUUCUGCAGGUCAUAAACCAAACAAAGUUCUUACUGUUCA